CUCAGUCACUGAUCACUACUCCAUUCUUUCCUUCUCUUCCUUCUCUACAUUUCACUCUUCACAAAAGAGUGCAUUAGAUUUGUUUUUAUUUUAGCGUUUAGAUUUGAAUUUUGUUUGAAGAUGAAUUCUCAGAUUUGCAGAUCUGCUUCACGAGCUACUAAAUCUCUGUUCUCUGCUUAUUCUAAGCAGAGUUCUCGUGCCUUUUCUGGGGGACGAACAGCGGCUGCAGCAGCCACAGUUUCUUUGAGAGGAGUUGUGCCUUCUCUAGCUUCAUAUGGCAGGACUGACUCUGGAAAUUCAUCUAGAGCUUGGAUUUCGGGAAUCCUCGCCCUUCCUGCUGCAGCUUACAUGAUCCAGGAGCAAGAAGCACAUGCUGCUGAGAUGGAGCGUACCUUCAUAGCCAUCAAGCCAGAUGGAGUACAAAGGGGCUUGAUUUCAGAAAUCAUAUCGCGCUUUGAGCGCAAAGGUUUCAAGCUUGUUGCGAUCAAAAUUGUGGUUCCAUCUAAGGAUUUUGCCGGAAAGCACUAUCAUGACCUUAAGGAGAGACCAUUCUUUAACGGCCUAUGUGAUUUUCUCAGCUCUGGCCCUGUUGUUGCAAUGGUGUGGGAAGGUGAGGGAGUAAUUAGAUAUGGACGAAAGCUUAUUGGAGCGACAGAUCCACAGAAAUCAGAACCUGGAACAAUCAGAGGUGACUUAGCUGUAGUAGUCGGAAGGAAUAUCAUCCAUGGAAGCGACGGCCCCGAGACUGCCAAGGAUGAGAUCAAACUAUGGUUCAAACUAGAAGAGUUGGUUAAAUAUACAAGCAAUGAUGAGAAGUGGAUAUAUGGUGUAAACUGAGCAAAUGUUUUUUCUCUUAAUUUAAUCUGCGAUUAACUUCACAUAAGACUCAGAAACUACUGAUUAUCUGAAUAAAUCUGAUGCCAAUUGUCUUAGGCUAGUAGUAACAUAACCUUUAGCAUAUUGUUAUUUUAAUUGUUCAAUAAUCAGAUGUACUGAAAUGCUGCUGAGGCUUUGUCGAUUGCAUUUUUCUUUGUUGUGCUCCGA